AUGCUUGAAACAGAGUUGCAAGCGCCAAUUCCGCUUAAGCAUAAGAAGAUAUCAGAACUUCGUGAUCCAGCAAUGAAACUGACUAGGUCUAGUUCUAGUUCAGGUGAUCUAGUUGCAAAGAGAGCAAAAUUGCUUAAUGUUGAUAGACUUGCUGGACACCAAAUCCAAAGACCGCGUUCAACGACCCCAAUGCCUCAUGAACCAGUAAAUACUGUAAGUGCUGAAACAUUAGUUGAAGAGCGCGUAAAAAGGUAUAACUUGGAUUACGCUACUGAUAAGGAGGAACAUGAGAAGAAUAUUUAUGAUCCCAAAUCAUGUUUCUAUAGUAGACAGGUCAAGCCAAAAUUUUCGUAUGAGGAAAACUUACCAUACGCUACUGAGAACCAUAAGGAACAGGCUAAAUAUUUGUGUCACAUAUUGGUGAAUUUGUAUAUUGCUAUCAAUUCUUUGGAUAUUCAAGGGUUGAUUUCAAUUACAAGUAAGGACUUGGCUGAUUUUAAAUCUGAACUGGAUGUUUUGGCACUGAACACUGACCUUUUCAGGUUGACUAAUAAUGAAGAUGGUCUUGAGUUAAACGACAUUACAAAUUACGAUGAGGAUGAAGACGAUGACGAUGAUGGUAGUCAAGACUAUUAUGACGAAGAAGAAGAAGAUUCCAGUUAUGAUUUUGGAUCAUCAGGUAAAAUUACAGCGAAAUCGUCUACGGUGGUCAACGUCAACCAUUGGACGAACGAAUUGAAGAACUGUUUGCACUUUGAUUUCCCGUUAUCAAUACGUAAGUCAUUGGCUAUUGUGUAUUAUCAUCUAUCUCUAGUGCAAGGCCAGAAGAUCUACCGACAAAUGCAUGUUAAUAUGUUUGAAAGUUUAGUCAGUCAAGAUGAUAACGGUACAAAUUUUAGUGAUUUGUUAUAUCUUCAUGGAUUAAGGUUGGAUUAUAAACCGAUGUUAGCAUUUCUGUCUGAGUUUUUACCAUGCCCCGAGGCAGAUUAUGUCAGAUACGAUAUAUCUUCAAAGGCUGACUUACAAUUGUUCCGUUUACUGUUAAAGCUAGCCCAUCAAUCUAAAAUGUUUUAUGAUGAAAACGACGAAAAACUGUUGCAUAACACUAUGGAUAGAUUCAUAGCAAGUUUUAGCCCUCAUACUUUACCUUGUGUUUUGCCCAUAAUUACUUCUUUCGUUCCAUACCACUACUCAAAGGAUCGAAAUAUUCUUGACUAUUUCCCGUUUUUGUUUAAUGUCUGGUCCUCUGUUUCUGCAUCUGUGGUAUUUGAUAUUCAUCUCUACGACUUGACGGGAUGUGUUGCAAAUGAUGCUUACUUGAGAUUGAUAAAGGAACAAAAUCCUCGGUUACAAACUAUAUCUGGUAUUGGCUUCGGACCGCAUGGCAUAUUCACUGAGAAUCAAAUCGAUUUUAUUAUGAACAGGAUACAGAAUCAUUUAAAGGACGAUUUCCAAAUACAUUCAUAUUCAAAGACAGUUAGACCAUUAAUUUAUUCUAUGAAUGGUUCUUGUAACAGUGGUUUCUUCUCUAAAUUGACAUCAUUAAUAAAAAGUAUAAUGACCUUUGUCCAUCCUUCCAAUAACGGUCAAUGGACUAAAGUUAUUGCCAAAUUCAUUCACGCACUUUUCAAAAUGUACCAUGAGAGAUGGGUUUCUGAACAGAAACUAGUUCAUGGGUAUCGUAAGGAACUUUGGUUAAGUCCAGAAUGUCAUGCAAGUAUGGUUGACCUUUUUUCAGAUGUGUUAUUCUUGGGUUCCCAAAAUAAAGAUACAGACACAGCUAAUUAUUAUAUUUCAAGUUUUGCAUAUAUUUUGGACAUAAAGCCAAAUAACGCCUACAAGAUAUUUGACAAGGUACUGGUUGAUCUGUAUGAUUCCUUAACUGAUCAAUUUAUCAAUUCGGUGCAUCGGGUAAUUAGUUCCCUAAAACAGUUUACCAGAAUUGUGCGGUAUAUGGUUAUUGAUCCAUUGUACAGGAUCCAUAUUACGAACAUUUUUUCAAUGAUUGUGACCAAGCUUGGAACUAACGAUCUAACAUUAACAAGUAAUGCAAUCAAUUCUAUUGUAUCACUUUGCGCAUAUAUCCCACUAGACAAUUUUGUGACAGACAGCGAAUAUCUAACCUUCGCUUCUCAUACUGUUCCAUUUAUUCAAGAGCAUGUGUUCUUUCUUAAGGAUGGAGGAAAAUCUUGUGAAUUUAAUCCAGAAGAGGAGACCUUAAAACAGGUAUUUGUUGCAUCUACUACUGAAUUCGAAAAUAUUUUGAAGGUUUAUGUUGAAAAAUUAUUUGAACUGGUUGAUGCUGAUCUGGAGGAUAGACUACUCACUAAAAUUAACCAAACGACCAUGAUUAUGAUGGAAUCAAUGUCUGACAAAAUGUUUAAGUACUUUAUUAAAUUACUACUGAAGGAAUUUUGGGAUACUGAUGCUUUUAAAAGUAGUAAUCCAAAUUAUGAUUUGGUUACUAUACCAAUGGGUGCUGCGGUAAGAAGGGAUAAUGGAUUAAGUAAGCAAUUGUUCACUGAGUUGGUUUAUAAUUUGAAGGAGCAGUUGGAUAGAGGUGCUGGAUCCAUAAGAAGUUCCUCUGAAAUUCAGAGCAGAGAUGUUAAACUAGUUGCUUAUUUGACCGCAUUAAAUGACGUCAUAAGGCAAUCACAUGAAGCUCUAUUGACUUUUAAAGAUGAACUUCUAGAUUUGCUGAAGUUUGUCCACAGCAGUAUAAACAAUCCUCCAUUAGACGUUAUCACUUCUGUGGUUCUACAUUACGCUUUAAGUAGUUUGACGACCAUUGAAAUUACUGAGUAUCGAUUGUUUCCAGAUGGCUCAAAUUUAUCUAUGGCUGAAAGGUGGGGUGGCUUGCAAUUUGAUGAUCGAAAAUAUGAUACCGAAAAUUGCAAAUUUAAAUGGCAUGUUCCAACAAGCGAAGAAGUUGACUUUGCAAUUUAUUUAUUAGAAACCCUAACUACAGAGAAUAUGAAAAAGGUUGAGGAAAUGAUGCGAAAACCAGUGAAGGAUGCUGCGUAUGUUGACCAAUUGAAAAAAUGCAUAUUAAUUAUAUCUCAUGCAUUAUCUGGCAUUAGUCUGUUGUUUGAUCCUGACUUUAACAGCAACAAAGAGAAAGGUGACUCUCAAUUAACAGAUCCAAUUAAAAGAAAAUUUUACCUCUUGAAGCAGCUACGUGAUAAAAACUGUGAUAACAAUGAAUUAAUGCUUGAUAUUGAACAGAUUCGAGAUGACAGCAUAGAUGACGAUAUGCCACAGUCAGGAACAGAUAAAUCAGAUGAAUUCAGUAAUGAAAUAGACAUACGCGAAACAAAUCCAGCCGUUCAUGAACUUGACAUGCCAGAUGAUGCAGAUAUGUCGGAGGUUCCCUCGGGUGUCGCUACUCCUGCUCCAGGAGCCCAUUUUGAUGGCUCAACAUCUGCAAUGAAUUGCUCCAUUGCGUUCAGGGACCUUGAAAUAUUUACUUGCAGUUAUUUUUUUGGAAAUACAAAUGAGGAAAAGUUUGGUGAUGAUAGGUAUAUUAAAGUUCACUUGAUUAGAUCAAACAUUGGGCGUUUCCUACACACUUUAUUCAAAUUUUUAAGAGAUAAUUUCUCUCACAAUCAGGGUGUGUUCCAAAUUUUGUUAUAUGGAAUGAAAGUCUGGUUUACCGACGUUGGUCAAGAAACUAUAUUUAAGAGUGAUCCAACUUCAUUUUUGGACUUGGAAUUCUUGGAAAACCUGCAAACCUUGUCUCAUUAUGUUUCAGAGCCAUUUACUAGAACCUAUUUAGCUGCUGACCUCAAUGCUCACCAUGAUGCAAGAGUAAUGCUAAGAUCUACCAAUAGGGUUCCAUCUAAACUUGAGGUCGUGUUGAUGAAAGACAUAAUUGAUCUGGCUAUAUCUGUUUACCCUGAUAUCCAUAAUCCAGCUCAAGGUACUAUGGUCCAUGCCAUGAAGCAGCUAAUUGGUUCUUAUUCUCUCACCAUAAAUAAGAUCAUCAAAGAAUUUAAAAGUGCUCUGGAGAAAGAAGAUUAUAGGAAGAUAGAAGUUUUAAUAGCUGUUCUUUCCAUUAAGAAGAUUCAUAGAAAGCUUAUCUCCGAUUACAAGAACCUGUCAGAAAUUAUAUUCUUGCUCCUUUCUGCCUCUAAAAUUAAUCACCUAGAAAUUGCUGUGAUUGCCGAUAGAUUGUUAGACUCACUUGUUAAUGCCUUAAAGAUUCCAUCCAGUGUUUGUAUAAUUGACAUUCAGAAAAUGGAGGUCCUGAAUCCAAAUGAUCCAACUGUUGAUGUUCAGGUUGACGCGGUCAAGAAAGCCAAGAAGGCUAAGAGAGACCACUUUUAUGCCCUUAUUACAAACCUCCAAGAUAGGUUAAUUGAAUAUUUAAAGGACAAUGCGGAGUCUGGUUGGAGGAUUUCGUACUUUAUCAUAAAAUUUGUUACCAAAGUUCAAUCAAGCUUAGAAUUCAAACCCGAUGCUCGUGUCUUGUCAGCAAUAUUUAACUUGACCAAGACAAAACAUCCUGUUAUUGUUCAUCUAGCAAUUAGCAGUUUUGUUAGUAUUUGCAAUAAAAUUCAAUUAAUGGGAGAUUACGAGUAUGAUAUUAAAAAGGCAUACACUCCUAGCUUUACGAGGAGGUAUGUUGAAGUUCAAGACACCUCAGAAAAAGGGUUUCCAGAUAGAUUUAAAGAAGAGAUGUCAAAUUUUGAGAGUCCAAAUUAUUUCAUUGAUUCAAUCGGAUAUAUUGGAUGGAUGAGUUGGGGUCCGCCAUUGAAAGUGGUAAAAAAUGUGGAUCAGAUAGAUAUGCACUUGAAGCCUGAAGAUUUUGAGAUAUUAAAGAUAUUCGGAAAUAUGAUAACAGUUGAUUGGUUGAAAGAGUUGGCAACGAUUUUCAUUCAAGAUAAUGAAACCCGCGGUAUGUUUAGCAAUACAAACGUCUCUUUCUUUGCAUUGAUAUUUCAUUUGAUAGCAAAUGAUAUUAGUGCAGUUACCUACGAUGAUAUGUUAUCGUUGUGUCGAAACUUUUACAACAAAAACGAUAAGACGUCUAUGAUUAUGUCCAUUGAGAUCUUUGCUGCAAUAUUGACCUCUAAGAAAGUAACUGCGGAACGGGAUCUCUUAAAAUGGAACGAGUUUCUAACUGAGUUCUUGCAGUACUGUUUAGACAGGGAUUUGAAUCAAGACUCUACAUAUAUAUGGAACAUGCUAUGUUGGUGGAUACCAACGUAUAUGGACGUUAGAAGGGUGAAGCCGUUGUUUUCAAAGCUAACAAAAGACAGUACUGGGUUAGAUAAAGAAUUGGAUACAGCUUCAGAUCAAGUUUUCAGGCUUUCACUCUUGAGAAAUAUGUUAGCUAUAGUUGAAUAUCGGUCACCUUACUUGGAGCCAAUCUUCUCUGAGCUAAUUCUGGAUCAUCCUUAUCACCAGGUUAGAGAAGAAAUUGCUAAAUUAAUGUGUUGUCUAAUUCAGACAAGAAUUAGUCCUUCGGCUUCUAAUGUUGAAGAGUUACUAGAGAGGAGUUCAAAAGGUAAUUUGAAGAAAAUGCCUGCAGCUUUCCAUGAUCAUAUAUGUGGUGUAUUUAAAACAAUUGAAACAGAAAGGAUUGCUGUUAAGGAUCUGACUUCCAAUGGAAUCCUUAAGACAAAAUAUUUCUAUAUGGCCUCCACAAUGCUGUAUUUUAUUGCCCAUAUGAUGAAGAGUCCUAACCAGACGAUAUUGGUGCCAUAUGUCACCGACUAUAUCGCACCAUUUUUGUUAAAUUUGCAGAAAUUAAGAGAAAUGUGCAAGUUAGCAGGCAUUUCUCCCGGUUCCUACUAUACAGUCCUAGCAUACAUGCCUUUGUCUAAGGACCAGAUUCCUGAAUUUGUAAGUCUGCUGGGCAUGGCGGACCUCUCCAGUUCUAACGAGAUCCGUACUCAAUUGCUAUUCGCCGAAAACCUUUAUUCCCGCCAUAUGCUUCAGAUGACUCAAUGUGAUAGAGAAAGGAUCUUGAAAUUUGUGGUGGAUAGCAUGUACAAUGAAAAUUUUAUUGAGGUCAGGAAUAGGGCUUCAGAGGUUCUGUCCGGUAUUGUCCAUAAUUUAAACGAAGAAUCAAAACUGCCUGACCUAAUUGAUACUUUCAACAUUCAUCUAAAGAAGAAUGCUUCAAAUAAGAAUAAAAAUUCUGAUUCCACGAUUCAUGGCUCAAUUAUUGGCCUGGGAGCAAUUAUUUCCGCUUUCCCAUAUGAGUUUCCAUUGCCAAAAUGGAUCCCAGGGCAGCUAAGCAAUCUCGCCACAUGGGCAAGAACGAGCGGUAUUUCAGGGUCAGCUGCGAAGGACAUUAUUAGUACAUUCAAGAAGGUUAGAGCUGACACUUGGUACUUUGACCGCGAUAGUUUUACGCCUGAUCAGCUUGAAGAUUUGGAGGGUGUAUUAUGGAGGAGCUACUACGCCUAA